UAAAACCUUUUGUGGAAGCCUUGCAUGUACAGGGAGGUCACUCACCCUUCCAGUAGCAGUUUGUAACAUCAGCCAAGAUAGAUAGAGAGAUGAGUUUUGUAACAUUGGUCAAGCUAGAUACAGAGAUGAUUUUUGUAACUUUGGUUAAGCUGUAUAGAGAGAUCAAGGGCAAAUAGCUGGUGCACAUUGUUGAUGUCAAGAAGUACUUGCAUUUCUUUAAAUGAGUUUUGAUUUCAUUAUUUUAGAGCAAAGCAACAUGUAGAAAGAUAGUUACACAAAAAUUGUUCCCAUUUUUUCAUUAGAUCACAUAAAUAUUUGCACAUUUCUUACUGAUUUUCUAACCUCUUACCACUUAUUUAUUGAUACUGCUUUAAUUGUGCAGUAGAAUGUUAUCUAAUAACAAUUUUCAAUCUGUCAUUUAAACAAAAUAAAUAUAUACUAUGCUGUGUACAUAUUUUCACAAAGCUUUUUUUCUUAAUGUGUUUUUUUUUUAAUUUGAUAGUUUUGGGAUAGGAAUAAAAUAAUUUACGAGUCAAUUAAAAAACCUAAUCCAGUAAUGCUUGUCAAGACUCUGAAUGUUUCCAAAAAUUCUAAGUGGCCGUAGCUUCAGUUCAAUCUUGACCGAUAAAGUUCUACCUUACAAAUAUGUGACAUGAAAGAACUGUGGCACUGAUUGUCAGGCUCACCAAAACACUUAUUAGAAAAUUACAAAAAGUUCAAAACUCAGCCGCUGGGUAAUUCUAAAGGAAAGAAAACGUGAUCAUGUCACGCCACUACUUCAUUCACUUCAUUAGCUCCCUAUACAAGCACAUAUUGAGUGCAAACUCUCUGUUCUCUGCCACAACUUUUUCUCGAAUUCCUGCCCUUCCUAUCUUACCGAACUUCUUUCUGUCUAUUCACCCCUUCGAAAACUUUGCUCCUCCGCAGAUGCACGUAUUCUUUCUGUCCCCCAAGACUCGCACAAAAACAUACAGUCAACGAUCGUUCUCUUUCUGUGCCCCCAAACAAUGGAAAUCUCUUUCAUUACACAUCCGCAAUAUACUGACCAACACAGCCUUCAAAACUGCACUCAAAACAUAUCUCUUUAAACUCUACUAUCCUGACUGAUUCCCCCCUCUGACCGAUAAACGAUGCUGCUGGGUGCCGUCCAUGGCUUGACUUGUCAACAGUUCUGGAAUGUCUGGAGUCAACAUACAUUUGUUUUGUUUGAUUCAAUUAAUGUAUGUUAAUUAAUUUUUUAAGUUCAUGAUUAUGUUAAAUUUUAUGUGCUGCGUGGUGAGCUAUAAAAAACCACUAAUAGUAAUAACAAUAAUAAUGUGCCAAGGCCAGAUAUUUGCCAUCUAUGCCAUGAUGGGUCAGAGAAGCUGUGUACCUGAUGGAAAGAUUAUAUUUAUAAUAUUUGUAAGCUUUGACGAGGCAAUGAGAUACCUUUUUUGGUUGUUGAUGUGUGCUGAUUAUCCAUUCAAAGAUCCAACUUCAACCAUUUCAAUCCUCAAAUUGAAAACAAUUUUUUUUUUUUUUUAAAUUUCAAACGCAAAAGUUUUUUUUUUUAAACAUUGUCUGGGAAAAGUUGGUGAAAUAUAAUCAAUUUGGCAGCGAAGGUUUAUCUCAAAACCUUUUCUCAAAUCAAAAGAAAAACUCAAUGGAAAGAUUAUAUUUUUAAUAUUUGUAAGGUUUGACGAGGCAAUGAGAUACCUUUUUUGGUUGUUGAUGUGUGCUGAUUAUCCAUUCAAAGAUCCAACUUCAACCAUUUCAAUCCUCAAAUUGAAAACAAUUUUUUUUUUUUUUAAAUUUCAAACGCAAAAGUUUUUUUUUUUAAACAGUGUCUGGGAAAAGUUGGUGAAAUAUAAUCAAUUUGGCAGCGAAGGUUUAUCUCAAAACCUUUUCUCAAAUCAAAAGAAAAACUCCUCAGGUAUUUGUUGAAAGUGAAAGACAUGAGUAUAAAAUGGUUUAUUAAGAAAACAUUUACUUUUUGUGUCUCCAUCAUUCCACCAUGUUACAUCGGCUUCUCUCCUUCUUUCACAAACUCCUGCCAUCUAAUUCCACCAUGUUACAUCGGCUUCUCUCCUUCUUUCACACUUCUAAACUUCUGAGUAAAGUUGUCUGAUUUUCAUUUCCCUCUUUCACUAACACUUUGAUUAUGUACACUAGAACUUCGAGUGUUAGAAAAAAAAAUAAGAACCCGUACAUUACUAAUAUGACUAGCGAUAUUUAAUUAUUUCAUGUAGUUGAAGAUUAAAAUAGGAUUAUUUGACGUAUAUGCAAUAUUUUUUAUUUUCUGAAAUUAUGUCAGCAAAAAAAAAUUAUUCAUUUUAAUGUAUUUUUUUAAAGAAUACAAAUUGACUAAUUUUUGUAAAUUUAAAUUAAAACUUAUGUUUUUA